AUGGAUGCAUUCAGAGCACCUGAAAAUGAGUCGCUGUUGUCCAGUUCCUCUGGUCCUGCCAGAUGGGAUCCCUUCCGUCGUCCCUUGGACUCCAUCCAGCCCUGGCACUUCAGGCUUCUGGCAGCAGUAAUGUUGGUGGUGACCUCCCUGUCGCUUGCCGAGAACCUGGCUGUAAUCCUGGUAACUUUUAAGUUCAAGCAAUUGAGACAACCUGUCAAUUAUGUUAUAGUCAAUUUGUCUGUGGCUGAUUUCCUGGUCUCACUGAUUGGUGGCACCAUCAGCUUUUUAACCAAUCUAAAAGGUUAUUUUUAUAUGGGAUACUGGGCUUGUGUACUGGAAGGAUUUGCUGUCACAUUUUUUGGCAUUGUUGCUCUCUGGUCUCUUGCUCUGUUGGCUUUUGAGCGGUACAUUGUGAUCUGUCACCCAUUGGGAAAUAUGCGCUUGAGGGGGAAGCAUGCAGCCCUAGGUAUUGCCUUUGUGUGGACCUUUUCCUUCAUUUGGACCAUUCCACCAACAAUGGGUUGGAGCAGUUACACCACCAGUAAUAUUGGAACUACUUGUGAGCCUAACUGGUACUCAGAAGCUUAUAUCGACCAUACAUACAUUAUUGCAUUUUUCAUCACCUGUUUUAUAGUGCCUUUAUCGGUGAUUUUGGUAUCCUAUGGAAAACUGAUGUGGAAGCUAAGAAAGGUGUCAGAUACACAACGCAGGCUGGGAACUACCAGGAAACCUGAAAGACAAGUGACUAGAAUGGUUGUUGUUAUGAUCAUUGCCUUUCUAAUCUGCUGGAUGCCGUAUGCCGCCUUUUCUAUCCUGGUCACUGCAUACCCUUCCAUUGAGCUGGAUCCUCGUCUGGCAGCAAUUCCAGCUUUCUUUUCCAAAACAGCUACUGUGUAUAAUCCAAUUAUUUAUGUUUUUAUGAACAAACAGUUCAGGAAGUGUCUGAUUCAGAUGUUCAGCUGCAGUGCCAUAGAAACUGCGGAGUCCAACGUGAACCCGACUUCAGAGAGAGCAAUGCUAACUCAGGACAAAAGAGGCAGUGAGAUGUCCACCAUGGCAGUACAUAGCACCGUUUCUAAGAGGAAAACCGGAGAUGAACACAGAAAUUGCCGAUCUUUUGCUCAGUUGGCAGCUUCAGAAAACAAAAUCUGUCCCAUUUACAGUUUGAAAAACUAUAUUGCCCUGAAAAGGAAUGACAGGCUACCUGAGCUAUCUGUGGUCAAACCUAGUCCCAGAGCAGUACCUUGCCGAGUUGGAAGCCAAGAACCAUUCCUGCAGCAGAUGGGGAUGUUGGUGGAUCAGGGAAAGGACAGCAGUGAGUGCAAAGGACCCCAUCAUGCUCUUUGUUUUGCAUCUUAUAAAAGCAUGAGACAGCUCUUCGGACCUUUUCUACAACACGUGUUCUUUGCAGAAGAGGAGAAGUUAGGAAGCAAUGGUGGUUGA